AUGGAUGCCAACAGCCACCUCCCUGUGUCCCGCUCCUCCACCCUUCCCUGUUCCCUCCUCUCUCCACCCCUCUCGGUGUUAUCCCAACGCUGCACCGGUGCGCUCAAAAGCGAGAGCGCAGACGGAGCGGAUGCUAGUAGAGAACUGAAAAAGAACGAGCAGAGAAAGCUUUUUGCAGUGAAAUUGGCAGCUCCAGACUUAUUGGACCCUAAAUCAGCCACUCACAACACCAAGCCCCGCCUCUCCUUCUCCACAAAGCCAAUCACACUGACUCCCCAGGAGGAGAGUGAGGUGGUUGCCACAGUGAUGAAAUGGAAGACGGUGACAGCAAUCUUUCUUUUGGUGGUUCUGUACCUGGUGAUGGGAGCAGCAGUCUUCAGAUCCCUGGAGCAGCCUCAUGAGAGUGCCCAGCGUUUGGCCAUCCUGUCCCAGAAGCUGGAGUUCCUGUCCAGACACUCCUGUGUCAACCAGAGCCAGCUAGAGGAGCUGGUUAAGCAAGUUGUGUCUGCUAUCCGUUCAGGAGUGAACCCUGCAGGGACACUGACCAACCACAGUAGCCUCUGGGACCUGAGCUCCGCCUUCUUCUUUGCUGGAACUGUGAUCACAACCAUCGGUUUUGGGAACAUCUCUCCCCACACAGAAGGUGGAAAGAUAUUCUGCAUUGUCUAUGCGUUGCUAGGGAUACCUCUGUUUGGCUUCCUUUUGGCUGGUGUAGGAGAUCAGCUCGGCACCAUAUUCGGCAAGGGCAUCGCCAGAGUGGAGAAAAUGUUUGUGCACUGGGACAUCAGUCAGACAAAGAUCCGGGUCAUCUCCACCUUGCUGUUUGUGCUGUUUGGCUGCCUGCUGUUUGUGGCGCUCCCAGCAGCCAUCUUUAAACACAUUGAGGGUUGGUCUGCGCUGGAGUCCCUUUACUUUGUGGUCAUCACCUUGACUACCAUAGGAUUCGGAGACUUUGUGGCAGGUGGUUCAGACAUAGAGUACUUAGAUUACUAUAAACCAGUUGUAUGGUUCUGGAUUCUGGUGGGACUAGCUUACUUUGCUGCCAUCCUCAGCAUGAUAGGAGACUGGCUCAGAGUCAUCUCCAAAAGGACGAAAGAAGAGGUAGGAGAGAUCCGAGCUCAUGCUGCAGAGUGGACGGCUAACGUCUCAGCAGAGUUCAAAGAAACACGGCGACGUGUUAGCGUCGAUAUCCAUGACAAGUUCCAGCGCGCCGCCUCAAUUAAACGUAAACUGUCCUCGGAGCUGGGAUUCAGCCCUGGCCCUGAGUUCACUCUGCCCAAGAGGAUCAUGUCGGUCAAUUUCAGCGAAGAACGGGAUAGGAACGAGAGGGAGGCCGGGCUGAUGGGCCUGACCACACCUAUGGCUAGAAACGGCGGUUUAUUCAUGAACGGUUUGGACCCAGAGAGAGGCGAUAUCUCAGUCAUUGAACACCUCAAGUAG